AUAUGUAUGUACAAACUUCUCUCAUGAAAAAAUAUUCAUCUCUGACGUUCUGAACAAACGUUUCAUUGUAUUUGCAUAACUGGUCCAUCACCCAUCGUUAGAAAAUGCUUGCCUCAGCUGUGUUGGAAACUAUUAAGAAAGUCAAAGAUAAGUUUCUCUCCAUGGAUCUUUCCUCCAAAAGAAAAUUAUACGCGUGUAAAGAAGAUUUUCUUACCUUGAGCAGAAUUCCAAGCUGGGCUGACUAUGUCGCAGAGAAAGGACUUGUUUCCGAAGUUUCGGAAGAACAGGACGAAAAAGCAUUUUCACAUGAUUCGGAAAUAAACUCUAAAGUUUCCCUUUGGCAAGGCGAUAUCACCAGGUUGGAAAUUGACUGCAUUGUAAAUGCAGCUAAUCAAAGUUUACUGGGGGGAGGUGGAGUUGACGGUUGCAUUCAUGCAGCCGCUGGGGAAGACCUUUUAUUGGAAUGCGAAUCCUUAAAUGGGUGCGAAACUGGCCAGGCAAAAAUUACAGGAGGAUACAAACUUCCAGCAAAAUAUGUGAUACAUACAGUUGGUCCACAAUGCCAGGACUGGAAAUUGCUCAAAUCUGCGUAUUCCUCCACUUUAAAACUAAUGAAGGAGAAUAAUAUUAAAACAAUUGCAUUCCCAUCAAUUUCUACUGGAAUUUAUGGUUAUCCAAUUGAGCAUGCGUCCCACGUAGCGUUAAAGACAGUGCGAGAUUUUGUAAAACAAAACAAGGAACAUGUGGACCGAGUUAUCUUCACAGUAUUUUCAGACGCCGACAGAGAAGUGUAUGAGAAGAAUAUGUUUGCAUAUUUUCCAACAGAGCAAGAAAAGUGACAAUUAUUGAAUAACUUUACUUCUAAACUUUAAUAUAAAAGUAAAACUAAACUAUACAACUUUAAUAUAACGAUAUAUAAAACUUUUAUUUUAGUUUUACAACUUUUAGUUUUAUAUUUAUAAAACUUUGCCUUUUAAAUUUACAUGUAUUGAGAUAAAUUGGCGUGCUAAUAAACUGUAAAACUUAAGAGGUCAAGCUUUAGGUCAAAAA